AAGGCCUCCUUUAAAGAUUUUCAAAUGAAAUAUAAAGAAAACCUAUGGAUCGGUUGGGAAAAUCGAUUCCAACAAAUAGGACAGGCAAAAGGAAUUACUUAUUGCUCACAAGUUACAGUACCAUAUAAAAAGGCAUGGUUUACAAAAUUUCCCAACCUGGGGAGAGGUAUAAUCACACAAAUGUGUCGUAUGAGAAGUGGACAUUGUAGUGUUCCUGUACAUUUAUUUAGAUUGAAGGUAGUGAAUUCAAACCAGUGUUUAUGUGGCAGUGUAGGAACUUUACAACAUGUUUUAUUGGAAUGUACUAGGUUCCAAAGAGAGUCCCAGUUGCUUAGAAGGGAACUACAAGGUGAUCCGACAUUAACUGAUGUGUUGUUUAAAAAUUUAAACUCAAAGACAUUAAUCGCAGUGCAAAAGUUUUUAACAUCAACAAUGACUCGUGUGUAGCUUGCUUAAAAACUUUAUGACUUUAUGCUUGCUUGCAAUGCAUGUGCUUUGUGCUUAGUGCGGUUUUGCGUGGUAGUACUAGAACUAGACCAUUAAUAGUAGAACUUUAGUUAUGGAACUUAUAAACAAUUACAAAGUUUUUUUUUUAUCUCUUAAUAUUUCAGAUUCAGGAGCUAUGAGCUUAAGCCCAGAUGUACCUCAGGUACGGCUCUUGAAUAUUCAAGUCUAUAUUCACGGAUCCUGGCCGGAUAGCCCUGGCAGCUAAGGCCAUUCAAAUGAAGAGAAGAAGAACAUUGCGAUUGUUUAUUGUUAUUAUGUGUUAAGUUGUUUAGUUUUCACGUUUCAAUUCAAUUGUGCUGUUCGUGUCUUCCUCUCACUGGUUCUUGUUUAAGUUCAAUUCAACUCGACUAAAAUUCGGUCACCAGGUGUUAUGUGUUGUAGUUGUAUUGGAAACAUCCUCUACAGAAAACAUUAGGUUUGAAAAUCCCUUUCAAAAAGUUGAAGGCUGCAUCCAAGCAGAAUAUUAAAAGAAUUAGACAAUAGAUAUAAGUAUAGACACUAAUCGCUGAGGCAAGACAAAAGUGUUUCCUCUAGAGUUAACUAAGGACAUAACCCAUAAAAAGAAGAAAAUAUUGUGGGGUUAUGUUUUGACCUUGUUUCAUGUUAAUAUGGUUCUGAAUUGAAAAUAUAUUCUUAGUACACCACUUUGUAGACUUGGUUACUCUACUCUGGAGUAUAAACACAAUACUGAAACAGAUAAAAUCAUGUCUGAUCAAAUAGAAGUAAAACAAGAAUUUAGUGAAGUGUGUAAAAAAGAAGAAGACGAUGAUGAGGUGGGUGAUGCACUACUGGAUACCUUUAAAAUCGAGAUCAAGGAGGAGCCUAAGAGGGAAAGUGCCAGUGAUACAUUUGAUUCUGCAGACCUUAAGGAGUAUCCUAUAAAAACUGAAGAAGAACAAGAUGGUGUCUCUUGCGAAGACAUCCCAAAUUAUGUAAGGAACAUAUCAAAAUAUACUGGAAGUAAUUUGAACCGAAAUUUAACUGCUACUACGGAUGUGAACAUCGCAGAAAAUCAUUUUGAAUGUGAAAUAUGCUUGAGACAAUUAACAACAAUCUAUUCUUUAAGAGAUCACAUGAGAAUACAUACUGGAGAAAAACCCUUUAUAUGUGAAAUUUGCACCAAACAGUUUUCAACAAACAAAUAUUUAACAGCGCAUAUGAGAGUGCAUACUGGUGAAAAACCAUUUGGAUGUGAAAUUUGCACCAAACAGUUUUCAACAAAACAAGUUUUAAAAUCGCAUAUGACAGUGCAUACUGGUGAAAAACCUUUAACAUGUAAACUAUGCCCCAAACAGUUUUCAACAAACAUACAAUUAACUAGACAUAUGCGACUGCAUACCGGUGAAAAACCUCUUGCCUGUGAAAUUUAUAACAAAAAAAUUUCAGAAUAUGGCAAUCCAAAAUUACAUAUGCCAAUACACAGCGGUGUAAAAUCUUUUUCCUGUGAAAUUUGCGCUAAAAAGUUUGUACAAGCUGCUUCUCUAAGAAUACAUAUGAGAGUGCAUACUGGUGAAAAACCUUUCACAUGCAAAAUAUGCGCCAAAAAGUUUUCAGACGCACAAAGUUUAAAAUAUCAUAUAAAAUCGCAUACUGGUGAAAAACUCUUCACGUGUGAAAUUUGCAGCAAUCGGUUUCGAAAAAGUUCAGAUUUACAAAGACAUGUAAGGGUGCAUACUGGUGAAAAACCUUUCAUAUGCCAAAUAUGCAACAAGAAAUUUUCCCAACGUUCUAGUUUAAAUCAUCAUAUGAAAACGCAUACUGGUGAAACGUCUUUCACGUGUUAUAUACCAAGAAUAUCCGUUUUAGAACAUUCUAAUGAGGUGCUAAUAAUUAUGCCAAACAAACGAAAUAAAGGUAUUAGAGGCAAAUGGAGGGAAGAAAACAUGCAAAAUGCAAUAUUAGCUUUUGGAAAUGGACAAUCCGUUAAUUCAGCAAAAGCAUUUGCUCCAAGUAGCGUAACAGAAGAUAAGAAUGUUGAAGGUCCAGGACUACAAGAUAUUCUGCAACAUAAUGAAAAGCAACCAGUUAGAGUCAUCACUCCACCCCCAGGGCCAUCAAAUGUUAGUAGAAAACUUCCGGUAACCGAAUUAAGGGACAAUAGUGAUUCAGAGGAUGAUGAUGAGUCUGAAGCAAAUGAAGAUGAGAAUAAUGAAUAUGAAGAUGACGAAUAUGAGCCAACUAAAGAAGUUUCCUUUAAUGAAAUGCUUGAAACACCUGAAAUGGUACAUAAGUAUGGUACAAGGAAGAAAAAGACAGUAUUAAAUAGUCGCGCACAGGUCGUCACAAAAGACCUUUUUAAUAGGAGUACUGACUUCGUGCCAGAAAAAACUUUGACACCAAAAGUGUCUGAGAAAAAUUCUAAAACUAGGAAAGUCGAAAUACGAAGAAACGAACACAAAAGCAAGGAUGAAAGUGUCUCUUGCGAAGACAUGCAAAAUGAUGCAAGCAAUCUAUUAAACUAUACUGGAAAUAAUUUGAACAAAAACUUAACUGCUACUACGGAUGUGAAAACUGAAGAAAAUCUUUUUAGAUGUGAAUUUUGCUCCAAACAAUUAACAAGAAGUUCUACUUUAAAAAGACAUUUGAGAGUGCAUACCGGAGAAAAACCAUUUAGAUCAAACAGUGUUCACAUAGGUAGUUCUACUUUACAAUUACAUGUAAGAGUGCAUACUGGUGAAAAACCAUUUGAAUGUGAAAUUUGCAGCAAACAGUUUUCAAUCAAACAAGAUUUAAAAAGACACAUGAACGUGCAUACUGGUGAAAAACCAUUUGAGUGUAAAAUAUGCGCCAAACAUUUUUCAAGAAAGUCAGUUUUAAAGAGUCAUUUGACAGUGCACACGGGUGAAAAGCCUUUCACCUGUAACGUAUGCAGAAAACAGUUUUCACAUAGUUCUACUUUACGAGCACAUAUGACAGUGCAUACUGAUGAAAAACCAUUUGUUUGUGAAAUUUGCGCGAAACGAUUUUCAUUGAAGAAACAGUUAAAAUCACAUAUGAAGGUGCAUACUGAAACAUCUGCCGGAUACAGACUGCUAGAUCCUGUUACACACAAAAUUGAAAUUGCACGAGAUGUUGUAUUUUUGGAAGAAAAAAUGAAUGACAAACCGUUUGAAGAAAGAAGCAUGUCAUUUCCUCUUGAGCAGACUGACAUUGAAGUUGCAAUGGUUCCAAAGUUGCCUGAAGUUGAAACAGAUGAACCUGCUAAUCCUGAAACUGUUACAGUCCAAGAAAACAAUCAAGUUUCAAUUCGUCCAAGUACUAGUAAGAGUGUGAAUGAGAAUGAUUGUGGCGAGAAUGAAGCGAAUGAUUGUUUGGAACUUAGUACACCACUUUGUAGAGUUGGUUACUCUACUCUGGAGUAUAAACACAAUACUGAAACAGAUAAAAUCAUGUCUGAUCAAAUAGAAGUAAAACAAGAAUUUAGUGAAGUGUGUAAAAAAGAAGAAGACGAUGGUGAGGUGGGUGAUGCACUACUGGAUACCUUUAAAAUCGAGAUCAAGGAGGAGCCUAAGAGGGAAAGUGCCAGUGAUACAUUUGAUUCUGCAGACCUUAAGGAGUAUCCUAUAAAAACUGAAGAAGAACAAGAUGGUGUCUCUUGCGAAGAUAUCAAAAACGAUGAAUGCAAUCCAAUACUAAAAUAUCCCGGAAAAAACUUAAACCAAAAUUUAACUGCUACUAAGGAUAUGAACAUCGUAGAAAACCAUUUUGAAUGUGAAAUAUGCUUCAAAAAAUUAUCAACAAGAUUUUCUUUAAAAGAACAUAUGAGAGUGCAUACUGGCGAAAAACCCUUUACAUGUAAAAUUUGCACCAAACAGUUUUCACUAAAUAAUUACUUAACAAAACAUAUGAAGUUGCAUACCGGUGAAAAACCAUUUGAAUGUGAAAUUUGUACCAAACAGUUUUCAACGAAACAAGUUUUAAAAGGGCAUAUGAGAGUGCAUACUGGUGAAAAACUAUUUGAAUGUGAAAUUUGCACCAAACAGUUUUCAACGAUACAAGUUUUAAAAUGGCAUAUGAGAGUGCAUACUGGUGAAAAACCAUUUGAAUGUGAAAUUUGCACCAAACAGUUUUCAAUGAAGGCUAAUUUAAGAGUACAUUUAAAGUUGCAUACCGGUGAAAAACCAUUUGAAUGUGCAAUUUGCACUAAACGGUUGUCAAGCAAAGAAGUUUUAAAACGGCAUAUGGUAGUGCAUACUGGUGAAAAAACAUUUGAAUGUGCAAUUUGCACUAAACAGUUUUCAAGCAAAGAAGUUUUAAAACAGCAUGUGGUAGUGCAUACUGGUGAAAAACCCUUUACAUGUAAAAUUUGCACCAAACAGUUUUCACUAAAGAAUUACUUAACAAAACAUAUGAAGUUGCAUACCGGUGAAAAACCAUUUGAAUGUGAAAUUUGCACCAAACAGUUUUCAACGAAACAAGGUUUAAAAGGGCAUAUGAGAGUGCAUACUGGUGAAAAACCAUUUGAAUGUGAAAUUUGCACCAAACAGUUUUCAACGAUACAAGUUUUAAAAUGGCAUAUGAGAGUGCAUACUGGUGAAAAACCAUUUGAAUGUGAAAUUUGCACCAAACAGUUUUCAAUGAAGGCUAAUUUAAGAGUACAUUUAAAGUUGCAUACCGGUGAAAAACCAUUUGAAUGUGAAAUUUGCACCAAACAGUUUUCAAUGAAGGCUAAUUUAACAGUACAUUUAAAGUUGCAUACCGGUGAAAAACCAUUUGAAUGUGCAAUUUGCACUAAACAGUUUUCAAGCAAAGAAGUUUUAAAACGGCAUAUGGUAGUGCAUACUGGUGAAAAACCAUUUGAAUGUGCAAUUUGCACUAAACAGUUUUCAAGCAAAGAAGUUUUAAAACGGCAUAUGGUAGUGCAUACUGGUGAAAAACCAUUUGAAUGUGCAAUUUGCACUAAACAGUUUUCAAGCAAAGAAGUUUUAAAACGGCAUGAGGUAGUGCAUACUGGUGAAAAAUCCUUUACAUGUAAAAUUUGCACCAAACAGUUUUUACUAAAGAAUUACUUAACAAAACAUAUGAAGUUGCAUACCGCUGAAAAACCAUUUAAAUGUGAAAUUUGUACCAAACAGGUUUCAACAAAACAAGUUUUAAAACGGCAUAAUAUGGUAGUGCAUACUGGUGAAAAAACUUUCUCGUGCAAAGUAUGCUCCAAACAGUUUUCAUACAGGCCUAGCUUAACAGCACAUAUGAAAACACACUUGUGAUUAGGAUAAGGUCCGUACCUCACCGGGACGCCAUGGCCACCAUGGAUUGCCAAGAACGCUGCCCGUUUCCACCACAUUCGCUCUUGUUACAUAUACAUAGACAGAAAUGGACGUAGAGGAAAUCACACUGUUAUAUUAUUUUUAACUUGCUACUUAAGUCGCAAAAAUAUUAAGCAGAAGAAAAAGGAAAAAAUAUGGGUACAUCCUUUUAUACUAAAGCGAAACGAAAUUGGUGUUUUUGGCAAAUUAUAUGAAGAGUUCUUGAAAUAACAGAGUAAUCCUUUGUGGCACUGUUUCACAAAUAUAACCGACUUUCGGUCUCUACAAUAAACCGUUCGGAAUCAAAAUUCCUUUUGCUUUAUAUCUUUCCAAGUAACGACUGGUUGGCGACUGAAUGAGUGACGGUACGUACACUCUCGUUUAUAUUGCUGGUAUCGUCGCCAAGUGGCCAGGAUAGCCAGUCACCACAAGAGAAACUGUAGACAGUGGCGACGCCUCUAAUUCAGAUCCGUCGCCAAGUGGUUGCCAAGUGUGAUACCUGCCAUUCAUUUUAAAAGAAUUAAUUGGAAGCGUCGCCAUGGCGUCCCGGUGGCGAUUUUACAAAAUAUACCCGCUCUCAACACAAGCUCCGCCUCCUACGCAUACGUCGUCCACAUAACUGUAAGAAUCACCAUCCGCUCUCAACACAUCUUACAAAAUAUACUCGAUUCCAGCACAUAUGAGUCAAGUUAAUAUUUUUCGAGCUAUUUGCGAGUGAAUGAUAUGUUUUUCAACAACAAACACUAGUUUUUAGACGGUUUUCGCAAAUAACUCAAAAAGUAAGUUUUCUACCGAAAAAAAAUGUUUAGCAAAAAGAUAGCAUAGAAAAAAAGUGAAAAAAAUGAUGUAUAUAUGAAGUCUGUAUACCCAGUAGAAGCAAAGUUGUAGCUAAUGAAAAGUAGGUUCUUCGUCAAAUUCCAAAUCGAUUAUUUAAACGUGAAAUAACCGUUUCUAUGGUCAAGUAGGUAAGUUACGCUAAAAAUAAUAUUGGUCUCUUUUUUUUGUUUAAAAAAUGAUAAAGAUGGUUCUCUAAUUAGAAUCCGAAAUGAAAUGAAUCGUUCCUGCUUCACAAGCUACUUUACUUAUGUAUUGUUUAUAUCAUCUGUAAGUUUCAUCGGCUCAAAAUGCUCAUUAAAAAAAAAUGAUUUUAAAGUAAUUUUUUUUUAAUUUUGAAAAAUAUUUCUUUUUUCUUCAAAAUAGCUUAAAAAUUAUACGUGACAGCAAAAAUCUCAAGGAGUAAAAAAUGUAUGCUUUUCUUUUCUGAAUGUUUUGAAUUUUUUUGUUUUCAUGUAAGACAAAAAUUGGUUAAUAUAAAAUGUAUUGAUAGCGGGUACGGAUACUGGAUGACUUUUGUCUAGAAGGCGGAGCUUGUGCUGACAGUGGGUAUAUUUUGUAAAAUCGCGCCCCGGUGAUGUAUGGCCCUUAGAUCGGCACAGUGCUACUCUUGAAAAAAAAAACGUAUCAAAUAUCGGAUGAUUAUAUCCUAUUAAAUUUUUGUUAUUUUAUCAUAAAAUAUCAAAAUCUGAUUCCAACCUGUACAUACAUUUUGAUCCUUAAUAAAUAUUUUCUCAUGAAAUAGUUUUAGGCCGAAAUACCUAAAAAAACGUCGAUAGGACCUAGUGUGAUAAGAAUCCUUUCAAAAUAACGGUCCAAUACUUCAUGCAGUGAACGGUUCAUUUGAACCUUUUCCUUUGUGUGCUAGUUUAUAAUAGAAAAGAUAAUCGGCCAGAAUGCGCAACAAAGUGGCGGUAUCAAUAUUGGAUAUUUAUAAAUGUAAGAAAUUCGAGUAGCCGCUUUAAAGAUGAGCACGUUCCGGUAUUUUAACAUACUAUUAAUCACUUUUAUUAUUUUAAAAAUUUAAAAUAACAUUUUUUUGAUCCAAAACUGACGUU